CAUCACACUUAAGAGCUCAACAUGUCCCAUGUGACUUGUGCUGUGGUUAACAUCAGUCCUCGGGGUUGCUGUAUUUUCAGUUCAGAAUCAGUUCAGUCACUUCAGCGACAAGCCAGUUCUGCUGCAGAGUUUUAAGAGAGUCAUUCUGCAAAAUGCCCAAUUGGGUGCUUGCCAUGCAUGUUCUCUUCCUGCUUCCCCAUGGAACGUCAGCCUCCGAUGGUAAGCAUAAGAAAAUUACUAUUUUUUCUGACUUUGCUGCAUUGUAUCUGUAUCUUUGGCAGGGAGGGGAGGGGUUGCCUCCUUAAUUUCCCCCCUAAAGUCCUCCCCCUCCUCAUUUCUGCAACUAGGGUUCUACCAAUAACAACCUACUGUUUCUUAGGGCAUUUCUAGACUGUUGCUAUUUUCAUAUGGGAUUCAGUCACAUACCAGCAAAUUCAGGCUGUGCAAUUAAAUUUGAUUUGGAGCUCUUGUGCCCCCGCUGCUAAGAAAAACAAACAAACCUCCAGACAUUUUGCUGAAGAAGGUGAUGGAGAAAUGUACUAGGAAGUGUGGCAUAAUGUUUGCUUGAUGCAAUGUUCUCUAACCUCUCCACAAACAGAACAAAUGCUCAAAAAUACAAUCGGAUUGCAAACUUUUUGAAAAAUUAUUAAGGUGAAUGCUCAAUAAACAAGUUGUCUUGAAGUGAACUCAGAGCAGGGCUGGCUCAUCCAUAAAGCCCGGUGAAGUGAUUGCCUAGGGCAGCAGGAUUCACAGGGGCAGGAGAUCCCAAUGUGGAUCCUUCUCUCCCCACCCUCAUUCUUGAUGUAGAUCUUCACCCCUUCUUCUCUGGUGGGCAAAGGGACACCAUUUAGUAGUUUGCCUUGGGUGCCAAAAUGUAUUUGACUGGCCCUGCUUCAGAGGCUCCCUUUUGCCUACAUAGCCAUCAUAGCUGUUUAAAUCAUACAAGUAGAAACUGCUCAUAUCUUUUAACUCUUGAAAAAUAACAUUAUCCCCCACCCACCUCAGUUGAAAAUCCCAUGAAUCCCAAAAUGUAUAUCAAAUUUGAAAUUCCCAAUUUGAAAUCUUUACUCUUUUGAAGAUUUUUGGAUUUGGGAAAUCAUAAUCUACAUGGCCCAAAUGUUUCCCUGCAUACAUGAUGCCAUUUACAUGUUAAUAAUUUCCUACUAAAAAAUCUCACCCCGCCCCAGCUGCUAUUUUGCACUCAAAGGUGGUGCUGAUCGUAAGCUAUUGCAGGAUUUGAUGUGGUUCAGAUUCCAGAUCAGGGUCAUAUAGCUGCUUUUUCUCAAAAUAAAAGGAGCCAGUUUACAAUGCUUUCUGAAAAGUGUGUAGAAGGUAAAGUGCAGUUUGACCCUCUUUUGAGAUCAAAUGACUGAGCUACGGUCAAUUAACAUGGCAUUUGACAGGGAUUUUUGCUUGGGGUGUGUGUGUGUGUGUGUGUGUGUGUGUGCGCGCGCGUGCGUGCGUGCCUGCUGCACAGCCAGUGAGCAAAACACUGUUUGUGUCUGCAGAAAAGAAAAAUACUGCUGCAGGCAACGUUAAUAGUCUAUUAUUAAUUUUGAAACCUGAGUGUAUGAAUAUAAUUAGUGGCUACAUGGUGGUGUAAGCUAAAUUUAUAUAUAAAAGAUUAAGAUACUGAACUCUCCUCAAAGCUCUCUGAGAACUAGUCCUCAUCGUGCCUAAUUUUCCCCUCCAUAAAUGUUGAGUUCUCAAUGGGGGCGGGGAGACAGUAAAAGAUAUCAAAUAUUCAAAUAAAAACAGCAGAAAGCAGGUCCUCAUGUCUAUGCAAAAAAAGUUAUCUAAACUAAAUGAUUUUGGCUGUAUCAGAAUAAGGUGAUGAUGGGCUCUGGUAGGCCUCUCUGUGACGGUAGGCAGGGUGGGUGGAUGACAGUUGUCAGGAACUUUGCAUUUUCCUAUUAACAUAAUGUUAUGGGGUAGAUGCUGAGAAAUGUAGGUUUUCUGCAAUGAAAGUGAGUGUCUUUAGAAAACACUGCAGCAACAGUGCUCCGGUUUCUACAUACUACUAAACCAUGGUUUACUAAUGGCUUAGAAUUAUGUGUGAACCCUUUUCGGUGGAUUGGCUCUGUUUGCUUACUGCCAGCAAACCGCAGUCUGAAACCAUGGUUUGUUGUUGGCUUAUGAACCUUGAUUUGAUGGUAUAUGUGAACUCAGCAUGCUUUGUAAACCAUGGUUUUUUUGACCACUACACUUCAGACACUCACCAAACAACAAAGGCAAGAGCAGCUGUAAAACAAAACAAGCUUUAAAGAAACAAUUCAUGGUUUAUUUGUCAACUGUGCUUAACUUUGUUAAACAAACCAUGGCUAGGCAUUAUGCGUGAAAUUGGCCAGUGGGAAUCCCUGGCAUCUCCAGGUAGGGCUAAGGGGUUGUCAACCUGGUCCCUACUGCCCACAAGUAGGUGUUUCAGGAUUCUAGGUGGGCAGUAGGGGGUUCUAUGGCACAAGCUGAAUCCUCCUUCCAUUGAGCACUGGUGGGUGGUAAGAAAAUUUUACCAUCAAGAAAGACGCAUUAGUGGGCGGUAGGUGCAAAAAUGUUGACUGCCCCUGGUGUAGACUAAGGUGGUUCAACCUGUGGCCUUCCCGCCAGAUUCAAGAACAAUAAUCUUAAAAUCUUAAAAAAUUAUCAUUUGUGUCAUGGGUUGCUAACAAAAGUGCAUACAUCUGUUUGGAUAUUAAAUUUGUUUAAUAAUUAAAUCAAUUAAAUAUAUUAAUUGUGUAUUUAAUUAUAUAUAUUUAAUUAAAUAUAUGGUGUAUAUUAAAUGAUAUUAAAUAUAUUGUGAACACUUUAAUUCACUAUAUGGAAAUUUAAUUCAGUGUGUGGGCCGCAGAUUCUGUGCUGAAGUACUCUUGUGUCCCAAUUAGUAUGAAAAGUUGGACUGCCCUUAUAUAGACAAUAUUUCACUAAAUGGUCUGAUUCACUAAGUGGUCUGAUUCAGUAUAACACAGCUUCCUAAAUUUCCAUGUGGGGGAUCAGUCUUACUACAGAGAGACUGGACAAAGAAAAACAUGCUCAUACCUUUAAGCAGGCAAACAAAUAAAACUGGAAGGGACAUUCUUCAGUGCUCUCUCUCUCUCUCUCUCUCUCUGUGUGUGUGCGCGCGCGCGCGUGGUAGGGACAGUCUUCCAGGAUGAAGAAACUAAAUAAAAUAAUAAUCUCAAGUGGUAGGCAUUUCUUAUGGAGGGGUGGUGGUGGUUCUCUUGCUCAAAUUCUCCAUUAUUUUCUCUUAAAGGUCUCAUGCAGCAGAUAACUCAUCACCCACAACAUUAGAAUACACACCCAGAAAAAUGCUAAAACAAUAACAAGCAUUUUUUUAUUUUUUUAAAAUUAAACAUCCCUGUGUUGUAUCUGUCUCCUGCAAACAGUGAUAUUUCAGGGGCUACGGACAAGUGCCGACAAGCACAUUCAUAUCCAAAACUCAAAAGCGUGCUGGUGCUAGUGAGGAAAAUCUGAUUUCUCCAGGAACUAGUUGCGGUGUGAGGGCUGAAUUCCCAGAAGAGUAGCGCAGUCUGGAAGAAUAUGUAUCCCCUUUAUCUCCCAAGAAAGCCUGGGGAGAAAUUGGGUUCACUUUGCAUUUUAAUACAAACCACCUGAUUUGUGCAUCCCAAAACAGUGCACAAACUGAAACACCAGUAUCCUUUGGAAUUUGCAUUUCCAAAUUUUGCAGCGCAGUUCUCUAACCAAAAUAUUUCUGAAGAAAUUUCUUUAUUAGGAAAACAUGCAUUAAAAUGCAUGCACUAAGGAAAAUAACAAAAUACACGGCAGAAAUAUACAAGCCGGGGAAAAGAACAUACAAAAACGUGUCUAUUAGGAGAAAUGCACCCUAAAAUGUAGACGUAUUUUCAUGAGGACUUGCUUUCUGAAAGAAUGCAGAUGACGCAGAAAUGUGGCAAAGACUGGGGAGCUAAGAAACUGGGAGUCACUGAAAUUGACUGUGCUGUCCAUUCCUACUCAAGAGUGAAAGGGCUUCCACCAUUUCAGAAACUGGAAUUGAUUGUAUCCACUCUCAGCUCCUGCUGGUUUCAGCAUUUGAAACCUGGUGCAAUCCUUCCUUCUUAAAACCCGCUGAAGUCAAUUGUGCAAGUGUAUAGGUAAGUCCCAUUAUUUCACAGCAAUACAGCCAAUCUCUUCAGAGUCUCACCUGUCCUGUAUGCCUGUCCCUCCCCCUUUUUUCCCUUUAAGUCACAGAAAACAAACCAGAACUAAUAGUUAUCACUGCUGAGGAAGGAGAGUCUGUCAAUAUUACUUGCAAGUUUGACCAACUGGCGAUGUCAGGGCUGCGUUUGAGACGGACACUUGUGAAAGCCAUGGAUGUGCUAUAUGUGAAAAAGCAGGGUCUACACAUGACCAAAGCUCCUGAAUAUGCAUACCGCAUGGAGUACUUUCAGCUGAAGAACGCAUCGACGAUAAUGCUGAAGCAUGUGAAGAAGAAUGACAGUGAUGGGUAUUUGUGUGGGGGCACUCUGAUAAUUAACCAGGAGCCCAGGAUAAUGAAUUUCAGCACUAUCAUCUUGGCAGUGAAAGGUGGGUCAGGAACAAUCAUUACUUCAACAGUUAGAGGGAAUGGCAGCACUAUUUGUUGGCUACAAAGAGAAAGACAAGUAUCUAGCAAAAUGUGUCUGUGCAUGUAUAUACAGUGGUACCUCGGGUUAAGUACUUAAUUCAUUCCGGAGGUCCGUUCUUAACCUGAAACUAUUCUUAACCUGAAGCACCACUUUAGCUAAUGGGGCCUCCCACUGCUGUUGCGCCGCCACCAUGCAAUUUCUGUUCUCAUCCUGAAGCAAAGUUCUUAACCCGAGGUACUAUUUCUGGGUUAGCGGAGUCUGUAACCUGAAGCGUAUGUAACCCAAGGUACCACUGUAUGCACAGCUAACUCAUACCAUCAGUGCAGUAAGUUGUCAUGGACUGGCUGGAUGCAGAGGAGUGCUGGGAGGCACCAACUGGGGAAUCCCCAAGGGAACCCUCAGUGGAAGAAGGCUCAGAGCCAGGGGAUUGGUGGGGGGGACGGGACAGACAAUGAGUAGUCAGAGGGAGAAAUGGGAGCAGGCUGAGAGAAAGAGGUGACAGAAGCUGAAGAAGCAACAGGGUUUAGUGAGCAGGAAGAGGCUGUGGCAGAGGGCAGUCCAGACUCAGAGGCAGAAGAGAAGGGGGACCAGAAGGCAGAGAUGAGGCAGAAUCAGGGAGUCUCCCUCUUCUGGACGAUGCCCUUAACUCUUUAAGGACAGUACAGAUAAUGUUAAUUAAGCAAGCAUUAAUUCUUCUAUUCAUGAUAGACAUUUAUAUCUUAGGGCAUGUUUGGAGAAAGACUUGUAAAUGGCAAAACUUGCAUCCACAACCGUAGGAUAGCAAUUGGGUUCCUGAUUUGCUCUUCUUCACCAUAGGCUUGUGUGGAAAGUAACAAAACAUGUUCCUCUCUUUCUAUCUCUAAAGAGGCCUCAGCUAUGAAGCUAACCGAGUGUCCUUCAUUUCUCUGGGUGCCAUAUAUCCUUAUCUUCAUGUCACUGCUCUUGCUUGUUGGACUGGGAUAUUUUAUCCUAUCUCAUAUAGAUGUGAGUAUGACUAACACUUUCCUUUAUGUUAGCUGAGUUCCAUCAGUCUUCCUCCUAAAAGAUUUGCACCUCACUGAGGAAAUAUUCCCAAGUAUAUAGCAUCAGAAUCUCUCUCCCUUUCCCCAUAAUUGCUAAAUUGUUGGCAUAAUAACGUGCUUCUUCAUGGGUCUGUAUGAAUAAGAUGGUCUCUUGGACUCAGUAUCAUAGUUAUUUCAGGACUGAAUGGGCUCAUGCAAUCUCGGUGAUGAAGAGAAAAGAAAUAGACUGAAGAUUCAAAAGUACAUCAAAGCAUGUUGACAGACUCAGUAUGCAGAAUUAUCCCAAUUUAACAGAAUAGUCAAACACACUAAUGGCUUUUCCUCUGUAAUAAUUAAAGCUGAGUAAUACCAGUGAUGACUUUACCUAAAAGACAGGUGCUCCCAUGAUAGCUUUUCUCCCCCCAGAAUUGAUGCCAUCCACAACAGCGUGGGCUUGUCCAAGCAGUUUUCUGCUUGAUCCACGCUUUCUAGACAUGGAUCCAAGUGGUUCUCCCCUUGCCUGCUCCUUUCCCAGGGAAACCCAACCCUUCAGCUCUCAGUUGGAGCAAACAUCAAUCUGGUGAAAAAUCUGAAUUGCUGUUUGUUCCUAGCACAGUUUUCCCCAGAGGAAGGCAGCAGGACAACAGGAAGUGUGGAGAAGCCCUGUAUCUCUGAACACAUAGAUAACGUUCAUCCUAAAUUGUUGCAUUCCUGAGUUUCCCCCGCAAAGACAUUCUGCCUUAUACUGAGUCAGGCCAUUGGUCCAUCUAGUUCAGUUUUGCCUACACUAGCUGGCAGCAGCUCUCCGGGGUUUCAGAUGGUGGUCCUUUCCAAACCUACCUGGAGAUGCUGGGGAUUGGACCAAGGACCUUCUGCAUGCAAAGUAUUUGGCCUCCCAGUGAGCUAGGGAGCAACAUCUGCUGCCCCUGCUUCCAAGUGCUAAUGUAUCACAAUCCUGUGAUAAAUUUUGCUUCCAUUAUAAUUGCAGCAAAAUACUUUCAGGUGUUCUGGUUCGCCAGAAGUGGCUUAGUCAUGCUGGCCACAUGACCUGGAAGCUGUACACCGGCUCUCUCAGCCAGUAAAGCAAGAUGAGCGCUGCAACCCCAGAGUCGUCUGCGACUGGACCUAAUGAUCAGGGGUCCCUUUACCUUUACCUUUUAGGUGUGAGUUGCCUAGUGCUAUUGUUUCAAAGUCUUUGUCAGUUGAACCAGGCUUCUCCAGACUGGCACAAAUGUCUUCAAGCUGCUAUAGUAGUGAUCUGUAUCACUGCUUGGGUAUAGAAGAGGCCAAAGCUCUCCUUUUCUAUACCCUAUUUUUUUCCAACACACUGGGUAUCAGAUCAACACAUGCCUACCCAUCCCUCCCCUUAUCAAUAUUGACUCCAGCCCUUUGGGAUGGAUCCUUGUGAGCAAUGCAUAUUAAUUGCUGCCUGCUUUCUCCCCCUUUAACAGAUCAAGAAAUGCUGCAACAAAGGAAAGGCAGCAGAAACACAAAAUAUGGUCUAUGAAGACAUGACGUGCAGCCUGAGGCGCAACACUAUGAAUAAUGUAUAUAAUAAUUAGAAGUGAUCACUUGCCAGAUGGAAUAAUCCCGUCAUUCUCAGACCCAGCAAAAUCCACUGCUGCAAUAUUUACUGCAAACAAUGAAUAACAAAGCUGGAAUCUGCUAAGAAUCAAGAUCAAUUAUUGUUAUUAUAACCACUUUAACUGAAGGAAGCACAAGUCACUGUCUGGAAAAAAGGCAUUUAGAUAAUACUUUAAACUUAAACUUUUUAGCAAGAAUACCACCCACUCUGCUUACCUACUAACCCCUUUGCCACUCCCCCUUUCCCGACACCAGGCCAAUCCCACUUCUCAGUUUACACCCGAACAACCCCUUCACUUUACACACCAGUCAUCCCCUUGCCUACUCCCUCACAGCUCACCCCAAUCCCUGUCCUCACAGCUCUUCCAAACCCUCUUUUUAAGGAGUGAUGCACACACUUCAGAGUGUGGUCUGCAAAACCUCCCACUCUCCUUUAAACAGCUCACAUGGGCGGGCUGCCCCCCCCCCCCCACUGCUUGGGUGUGUUUUUUUCUUGCUUGCUGUUCUGUAAUCAUGAUGGAGUUGCAGCAUUAUGUCAGCCUUAUAAUGUAUAGUAAGAAGUAAUAAUUUUGUAUUUUUAGACAUUUGCAUAGGUUUUUUGACUUUGUGAUUUUUUGUUUCCUAGAACAUAAUUUCCCAGGGUUUGAUACUGUGUAUUUGACUCCCGAUAAAAAGUGAGCUUAGCAAGACUUCUAAGUUUAUGAGUCUAUAGGAAUUUAGGAAGCUACCUUUUACUGAGUCAGACCAUUGGUCCAUCUAGUUCAGAAUUGUCUAUGUCUGGUAGUUUCUUUCCUGGUUUUCAGAUAGCAGCCUCUAACAGACCUACCUGGAGCUGCCAGGGAUUAUACCUCCAACCUUCUGCACACAAAGCAAUGGUCCUUUCCUCAGACUUCUGUUGCCAGAAUGAGUGAUAAAUAUUUCAAUCAAGAAUGUGCUAUAAACAUUUCAAUCAAUCUCCGUCAAAAGGUAUUUUUUGAGGCAUCUCUCACCACAGGAUAUCCUCCUUGCACAAUUUUGGUUUACAUUCCAACACUGACAUUUCCUAAGGUUACCAUACAUCCUAGAAAGACACAAACAUAUGUGGUGCGCACUUGUACAACAAAUGUUCUUACCAGUCAAUGAGAUUUCUCCUUCUACUGUCUUCCAGCUGCCAUGAUAUUCAUGGGUUUCUCUACUCCUCCUUCUGGGACUAGUCAUCCUAGGAGUUUGUUUAUUUAUACUUUCUUGCAACCCACUCACUGAUGUCACCUGACGUUCCACACAUGCCUUGGAAUUCUGUUGUUAUCAUACUUUGACCUGGAGAGCCUAUUGGUAAUCUGGUUUAUGAUUAGAUGAUGUAUUAUACCCUGCACUUUUUUUUUCCAUGUCUGUUUUCCGGCAAAUACUAUGGUAACUGGAAUGCCAGUUAAAUGAAUGAGCGACAGUGAUUCUUGGAAAGGUUGCAGAACUGUUUACUUGGGGGAGGCACGAACUACAGCUGCGCAAGCACGUAAAUGCAUGGGCUAAUGAAAGUUUCUGCCCAUACAUGACAACCAUUAUUCAAACACUGGGUUAAUGUAAGAUUUGUAGGAACAGGUUUUGCUGUAAUGGGUGAAGUCAUCAGUCUUUUCAUAACUAAAUAAAUGCAUUUAUAAGGAAAGG